AUGGUUAAACACACAUCCAAUUCCACGCCGGAAGGUACCCCUGGUCCCUCCAACGGUAUCAGAAGAAAGUCGGAAGAGGAGGAUACUAGAUUGAGCAAAAAGCCUCGAACUAGAGUCAGUUAUUCAUGUGGAGAAUGCCAUCGUCGUAAACAAAAGACAAAUUCCGUGCUCCCAUCUCGCAAAGUACCCGAGCUAUGCAAGGCGUACACCCCGGGCAAGACCGAUCAAGACAUCCAUGUCCGGUUAGCACGGCUUGAGCACAUCGUCGAAAAUGCGUUGCCACAUUACUGGCAUCAAGACCAUUCAUCUGGUUCCCCAGAGGUCAUUGGUGACAGACGACGCUCUCCUUCCCCCAGUGCAGAUGACGGGAACAGGUCUCAGGCUGAAGACGAGGAUCCCUGCGGAGGGAUGUUUGAGAGCGGAAGAUGGUUCGGCAAUAGCGCUUCAGGAAGCGUUGCAGCUCCAGUCGUCUUGGAGCAACUACAGCAUGUGGAUAAACUCUCUGCCGGGGAUUCACCCUCGGCUCAUCAGGUCCCCGCAGAUAUUCUCCACCCUGAAUCCAAAGAACCUAAUGCUGCGGACAAAUUGAAGAGACUCAUUUCCGAUUGUGGUUUCUCGCCUACGAAAGUCCCCGAGCUUGUCAACCAGCUUCCCCCCCGUCAUUUUUCCAAUCGGCUAGUAGAUCAAUACUUCCUAGCGAUAAAUUGGACACGAUACCCCAUAUCAGAACGGGACUUCCGCACGUCCUACGCCGCGAUCUAUGCGGAGGGAAUGAUGCUCAAUCCGAAUAAUAUACGGUUUUUACCAUUACUAUUCGUAGUACUUGCCAUUGCCGUGCGAUUAGCUCCUGAACACAUUGGUGGAGACGAGCAUACGCGCAAGGUGACAUCUUCGCGAUAUUAUUGGUCCUCGCGGAGAUCGUUAAUUGUUGCAGCCGCGAUUGCACCGGACUGCUUUGAGAUGGUUAUGACUCGGAUGCUGAGCGCCCGCUUCCUUGUCCUCGAUCGCAGGAUGACUGAAUCCUGGAACCAGUUGGGCGCCGCCGUCCGGACCGCUCAAGCACUGGGAAUGCAUCGCGAUGGUUCUACGAUGGGUAUGGAUCUCGUCCAGAUAGAAAAGCGAAGGCGUAUAUGGUCGCACUUGUAUCAUGCAGACCGGUCAAUUGCACUGGUCUUGGGGAGACCAGUCGCUAUUCAGGACGUCUAUACCUCAACCUUGCCACCAUGCAACGUGGAUGACUUUGUCACUGCGGAUCUGCGCAAGCCUCUUCCGCUUACUACCCCCACCCCCAGUACAUUCAUGAUCCUUCGACAUACUCUCGCCGGCAUCAUGGGCCGAGUAUCCCAUCACUUCCAACAAGUACGAUCGACAAGCCACUACUCGGAGGUGCUUGCACUUGAUGAUGAGCUUGUGAAAUUCAUGCAGUCGCUUCCCCCCCACUAUGCCGUAGAUCCUGACACAUCCCUUGAUCAGUCACAUCCUUACAUCCCUGUCCACCGCUUCCUCCUCGUCACUGAGAUUUUCUUUGUUAGAAUCACCCUGAACCGCCCGUAUCUUCUGCGUCGAUUAGGGACUGAUCGAUAUCAACGCUCGCGCCAGGCGUGCUUUGAAGCCGCUCUUACUGAUUACCGCAUCCGACGAGCUUGGUUGGCGACGACGACGAAGGAGGUCAGAGAUCCAGUUGCAAGCGCAUACCGGGAGUUUCAGUCUGCGAUGAUCGCUGGUAUCUAUCUCGUCUUGCAUCCGAAGGGUAAAGACGCAGAGUUGAUGCACGCCGUACUUGCAUCAUUCCUCAGUAGUCAUGAUCACAAGGACGUGGACGAGACGACGCGGAGGGAAGUCAACAUCAUUCAGUUCCUGCAGGACCGUUCGAGACAAAUGGCGGAUCCGGCUCACGAGAAGACUUUCAAGAAGCCGAACCUGACGAUCAACCUUCAUGAGACGUCGCCCUCGUCUGGAAGCGUUGCAGGAAAGCGGGAAGCAGAUAUCCCUGCUACGGUUGGACUCACACUGUCAGAAAUCCCAUCUGUCCUGAUGUCAUCAGGCUCGGGUGCUGCGUAUGUACACCACGCACCUCACCAGCCGGCGAUCCCGUCGCACCUACAACAAUUUGAUGCGGGUUCUACGCCUGGGACGGGAAGCCCACCUGUGGACGAUUCGGAAUCGACGGCGCAGACGCUGCUGGACCAGUGGUGCGAUAUCUUCAGCGGUGGGCCGACGGACGACUCGAUGGGCCUGACGGGUCGGUUGUCGUGGGGCACACCUGGGCUGAGCGACCUGUCGGGAUGGUUGCCCACGACGCCACCGGCGGGAGGGAACGAGCCACUACCUGGACUGGAUGGAUCGGACUGGAGUUAUUGGGAAUCGUUGGUGAACCAGAUCCGUAGCAGCCCGAUGAUUGGAGGAGACAAGAGGCAUGGGAUGUCGAGGGAAGAUCUACCGUAG